GGACUUAAAGUAAUUCAUGAAUCAAAUUUAACUCAUGGUGAUUUUCAUGAUGGUAAUAUUUUAAUGUCAGAUAAUUACGAUGAGCUAUUUAUCAUUGAUUUAGGAUUAUGUAAGCCUAUAAGUGAUUUUCAAGAUUCUGAUAAUAAUAAUAAUGAAAUUUAUGGAGUUUUACCUUAUAUGGCACCUGAAAUAUUAAGAAGAAAUCCCUAUAUUCUUGCAAGUGAUAUUUAUAGUAUUUCAAUGAUAAUGUGGGAAUUUACUUUACUAUCAAUGUAGACUUUUUUGAUAACCA